AUGGAUCACCUGAAAGGAAACUACACCAGAGUCAAUGAAUUCCUCUUUGUGGCCCUUUCUCCAACAUGGCAGUCCCAAGCCACCCUCUUUGUGUUCUUCCUCCUAGUCUAUGCAGCCACCCUAGUAGGAAACAGCCUGAUCAUGCUGACAGUGACCUCAGACCCUCGACUGAGAACACCCAUGUACUUUCUGCUUGGGAACCUCUCAUUUCUAGACCUUUGCUACUCCCAUGUCACAACCCCUAAGAUGUUGGUGGACUUUUUGUCUGAGAAGAAGAGCAUCUCCUUUGAUGCCUGCAUGGCCCAGCUCUUUUUCCUCCAUCUCUUGGCCGCUGCUGAGAUGUUCCUCCUCACUGUCAUGGCCUAUGACAGGUAUGUGGCCAUUUGCAAGCCUCUGCACUAUCCCAAUAUCAUGAACAGGGAGCUCUGUAGCUGGCUGGUGGCAGCCUCUUGGACUGGGGGCUUCAUCCACUCCAUGGUUCAAUUACUCCUCACUAUAGGCCUUCCCUACUGUGGGCCCAACCAAUUGAACAACUUCUUCUGUGAUGUCCCACCGGUCAUCAAGCUGGCCUGCACUGACACCUACAUCACUGAGCUUCUCAUAGUCUCCAACAGUGGCCUCAUUUCAGCCAGCUGCUUUGUCCUUUUGGUGAUCUCCUAUGCAACCAUCCUGGUGAGGAUCCGCUCUCCUGAGGGACGACGCAAAGCCCUCAAUGUCUGUGCCUCCCAUCUAAUUGUGGUGACAUUGUUCUUUGGACCCUGCAUCUUUAUCUACACUGAGCCUUUAUCUGCUAUCACAGUAGACAAGCUGACCCAUGUUCUUUACAAUAUCAAUCUCAUCACCCCUAUGCUGAAUCCAUUAAUCUACACUCUGAGAAACAAAGAUGUGAAGUCAGCAAUAAGGAAGCUGACAGGGAAGGAAACAAUUUCUGAUGGGAAGGUAGAGACGUGA